GUCAACUGAUGUCAACAUGACAAAAUUGUACAAAAUUGCAGUAAAAAAGCAAAACAAUAAGAUAAUUAUUUUUCGUUUAACCUAAAUCAUACUGAUAAUUAAAGUACUUAAGUCGCAAUAACUCAUUGGUCUCAAGUGCAGAAUUGUGUGUUUAUUACAAUGUUAGGAGGUGCGAAACUGAAAGUCGUUUACACUCACGAAAAGACUUGCUUUGCUUAUAUUAGUCCAAAGUACAGCACAAAUAAUGAAAAGUCGCAAUGUGUACAAGUCCUGUUGAGAGAUAAGCACGUACUGCUGUGGGUGGUGUAUAGCAGCAGCGUGACGGAAGGCCAUAUAGCAUGUAACCCCAUCUUCAGUAGGCUGGUGGGUUUGGAAGAGGGGUGGGAAGUCUUUGUCUCCCCCUAUGGCGAUGUUAAAGUGUUGGAUGAGCUGUACAUAGACACUGAUAGUCCUGAUGACCAGGAAAUAUUGGAACACAAUGUAGAGCUUUUACAGUUAAGGAUCUUAGAUCAAUUAAGGCUAGUUGUAUCAAAUCAAAAGGCUGUUGUUUGGAUAUCUACAUCUUUACCGAUAGUGUUUACACCCAAACAAACCGGCCUGCUGGUCACGAACAGUAGGAUUGUAGUCAAAGUAGAUGCCUUCAACACGUUCCAUGCUCCGCCGCCAACUACCUCUAAUGUGCCUAAAUUAGAAGACUCUAAACUCAAAAAUAUAGGUAUUAUAAACAAGGGAAUUCUACAGCCAUAUUUAUACACUUUAGACAGGCUAGUACUACGAGCUUUGCCCAUUGAUAGUGAUGGCAAAAAGAAUUUGAUACACCCAUACAUUGUUUUCAUUCAUGAAGACUUAUUAGGUGAAAAGUACAAGCAUUCCACUGUAGUGCUAGCAACAAUGCAGAAUAUCCCAUCAAUUUUACAAGAAAACAAUGAUAAUGAGAAUAAUAACAAUAAAAUGAAUGACCUGUGUGUUGAGAUAGUGCCCGUGGACAGUGUGGUAUUUAAAAGCCUAUGCCAUGAGGAUUACAAUAGUAAUAUACAUACAGUGCUUAUACCAAAAGCUUUGAAUGCCAUAAUCAAUAUAGAGAAUGGAACUAGGAUUAUAUUUACGAUAAUAGGUGAUAAAGUUGAGCAGCCUGAGCAUAUAGAUAUAGUAACUUAUUCAGACAUGACACAAACUGAAAGUGAGGUCAUAGAAAAAUUCAAGAAUUGUGUCAUAGAGAAUACACAUUCUGGUAAAAAGUUCCUUAUAAAUGAUGGGGUGGUAAAACAAAACAUACAGAUAAGUAAAGGCUUCCUGCAAUUUAAACUCAAACCUGAAAAAUUAAGAUACACAUUGUUGAACACUGAGUCAUUUAGACACUGCACUGUAGCCGCAAAAUGCUUGACUGAUUGUGAUUUAGAUAUUCCUAAGACACCCAUGUCUAAUUUGGAGUAUGAUUACAAGAACUACUGUAGAACAAUGAAGUCUAUGGAGAGUCUAGUCCAGAAAAUUGUUUCACAUGCAUACUUUGAAAUACAUAGAGAGGCCACAUUCAAAAAUGUUUCUGAGAUAAAAAGCAACAUUUUACUGACUGGUUUGAGUGGCACAGGAAAGUCAGCAAUCUGCCACAUAGUGCAAAAAGAGCUGACUCUAUGGACGCGUGUGGUCCAGUGCCGCUCAUUGAAAGGCCGCAAGGACAUUCCUGAAGCUUUGAGCGCGGCAGUCCUAUCGUGCCGCGAGAGACGGCCUGCUGUGCUGGUGUGUGAUGACGUAGAUGCUCUGCUGCCGGCCAAUACUGAAGGCGCGUCGCCGCAGGACAUAGCUUACUACCAAAGACUAGCCGUAGUACUAAAGCAGCUGCUCCAGACGUGUUCUGGCGUUUGCGUGCUGAUGACGGCUCAGAGCGUGAAGGCGCUUCAUCCUACAUUGAGGCAGUUCAGCGGGAAGCCGCUCUUCACUGCGCACUUCGAUAUACCGGAGCUGGAACAGGAAGAAAGAACAGAACUAUUCAAGCACCUCCUCAACGAGAAAAUCCGCGAGGAGUUCUCUGUAGAAGACGAUGACGUCAUCAAACUGGCCAUGGACACGGCCGGGAGUAACGUCAGAGACAUCACAGACUACCUCAACAAGAAAAUAUUUAAGGCUGUGAAGAAAAAGAAAGCAAGCCCCGAAACUAAGCCGCGUUUAGUGGAAGACGUGACGAAAGAUGUAGAAAAGAAAAGCGCGUUCGACAUCUGGGAGCCGGUCGGAGGCCUCGAUGACGUCAAACGGGAACUCACCGAGUGCAUCUUCUGGCCUAUGAUGUACCCGGCGCUCUUCCCGUCUCAGUCCUGUGGGAUCCUGCUAUACGGGCCGCCGGGCACGGGCAAGUCUCACAUCGGCUCGUGCCUGGCGCGCGUAGCCAACAUGAGCCUGGUAGCAGUGAAGGGCCCCGAACUGCUGUCCAAGUACAUCGGCCAGAGCGAGAAGGCUGUCAGGGAUAUAUUUGACAAAGCUGACAUGAAGAGGCCGUGCAUCUUGUUCUUUGAUGAGUUUGACAGUCUCGCACCAAAACGCGGGCACGACUCCACCGGCGUGACGGAUCGAGUAGUCAACCAGCUGUUAGCGCGCCUGGACGGAGCCGAGGGCGGAGCCCGGGGCCCCGUGCUCGCCGCCACCUCGCGCNGCACAGCUGGGCCGCUUGGAGACGCAGGCUACUCNCGCGCCGGCCGCCUGCAGCGACACGUGUACUGCGCGCUGCCGGCCCAGCAAGGUCGCUAUGAAGUCCUGAGGACGCUGGUCAAGAGCGUGACGGUGUCUGAUGACGUGGACCUGCAGGACAUAGCCUCCCGGACCGAGGGCUACUCGCCCGCCGACCUCAAGUCUCUGCUCGUCACGGCGCAGCUAGGCCGCUUGGAGACGCAGCUGGUGAGCAGCGAAGACCGCAGCAUGUCGUCUGUGGUGGUGCAGCGUGAGGACAUUGAGGCGGCGCUGCAAGAGACCAAGCCCUCGCUGUCCCAGGAACAGAGACUGUUUUACGAUAUGAUAUACAAAAGAUUUAGAGGAGAGAACCUGUCGCCAGAGCAGAGAGCCAUGGCCAUGCAGAUGCAGAAACAAAGGGUCACCUUAGCUUAAAAUGUAUUUCUUAUUGGCACAAUGUUUAUUGGAAUAUAAUUUGCUCAUGCGUAAAAUACUGCUGAAGGGUAUAUUUUCUUAGUCGGACAAAGGAAUAUGUGUUAUAAGAUAUGAGAGAAAACAGUUCAAUAUAAUAUUUGUCACUAAAUUAACAUUUUUAGAGCACUACACAAUACAGUUGAGUCGUCGGUAAACAGCGAGCAGAAAGGAGCAGAUAAUUAAUAUGUUAUGCUUGUUUUUAGACGCAAGCAAAAACUUAGGGUAGCUUUAUCAAUGCUGUGAUUUAAUUGUUAAUAUUUAUAAGAGAAAAGUCAUAUUUUAUACUAAAUACAACAUUACAUAAAAAAUGAAUAACUGCAAUUUAUUGGAAAGGUGUAAUUUAUGAGUUUCAUACAAACUUCAUUCACUUUUAUAAAAGCUAAUACAGUAGUUUUUAUAAGUCAAAUUAUAGCCGAAGCCAUUUUUAAAUAAAAUAAGACUGCAAUUGAUAUUCACAUAUACGUAAUUGCAUUGAUUUUAUUAUAAAGUACAUUAAAAUCAUUUUACUACGAACAAAAACAAAUCAAAAUAAAAAAAUAAAACAAAAUCUUUAUUUAAGCAAGACAGAUUUACAAAAAACGGCUUAUUCCACUAUUCCCCGUCAACGGGGAAUAGUGGAAUAAGCCCAAAGUAUAACUACUAAAUAUACUGUUAAAGAAGUAUUUUAAUUAUUUUGUUAUGUGUAAGUGGUGCUUGAAAUUUGAUAAUCAUUAUUUAAUGAAAUAGUUGUUAUGGGAGUAAUUUUAUUAUAGCUAUUUGUUUGUAUAUUUUGUUGCUAUUUUUAUAUUUAAAUGUGAUUUUAUUUUACGUUAAUAAAAAGAUUUGGGAUA